UGUAGUGGUCAACCAUAAUCCAGAGCUUUAUGGUAAUGUUUAUUUAUUUGGUCUGACUGUAAAACCACACUUUUAGAAACUAAACUCAAAACUAAAACUAAAUCUUUGACUUAAGUUUUAUUGAUCCCAUCCUAUCACUUUUUAUCAGAAGUGGAUACAGAGCGGAUAUCCGGAUUUAUAGAGGUAUUUGUGAUCCGAUCCGUUUCAUUCGAAUAAUUAAAAAGUAAAUUAAAUUAAAAAAGAAAAUUAAAUAAAAAUCUAAAAUAAUGUUCAAUAAUAAUAUUUGAUUACAAAAUAAAAAAUAUUUACUUUUAAAAAUUAUAAUAACUACUAUAAUAACUAAUAAAUAAAAAUAUUGUAAAACUUAUAUAAAAUAUAAUAUUUAUAUAAGUCAUUUUUUGUCCCACAUUAGUUACUACCGAAGGUGUGUUCUUCUAAAUCCAAGUAAUAUGUAAAGCACCUGAUGCUCUUUGCAACUCAUACCUUUUUUGAUAUUUUUCGAGUUUAAUAUCUGAUAUGUGGACAUAUCGGAUCACACGAUAUUAAUUUUAUUUUUAAGGAAAAAACUCAUUUUUUUGUCAAAUACAUUGAAUGUUUUUGAUCAAAAACAUAACCGAUGAAUUUUUAAAAGGGAUAAUUAUUUUUUUACUUUAAUAUCAAGACUGUUUUUCUAAACAUUCCUUUUUAUGAAAUCACAUUAUAUAUAUAAAAAUAUAUUUUCAUUAAAUAUUAUUAAUAUUUUAUUUUAUCAUAUAUGUUAUUUGAAAGAUAUAAAAAGGAACUUAAAUAAAAAAGAAAGAUUAAAUUAAUUUUUAUUCAUUAAAAAUAUCUUAAUUUAUGUUAUUUUAAUUAUUUUGUAAUAACUUGGGAAAUAGAUUGAUUUAAAUAAAAUUCUCAAUAAUUUUAAAAUAUAUAUUAUGUUGUUUAAGAUUAUCUUUUAAAAGGGAAGACUAUUUAUUUACUUUAAAAUUAAGAUUAUUUUGUGAACUUCCCUUAUUAUGAAUCUAUAUUAUUAUUAAAGUGUAAUAUCUGUUAUUAUUAGUUUAAUAUCUGAUAUGUUGGCAUGUUGCCAUAUCGGAUCAAGCUAUAUAAAUUUUAUUUUUAUAAAAAAAUAACUCUCCGUGACCUAAAAAAAGAAAAGAAAAAAGAACUCAUUAAUAUAGUUUGCUAUCCGGACUUUCAUGAGUCGUUCUCGUGUUGCUCAUCCCGCCCGUUGUAAGCCCAAGUUUUAUCAAACGGUUCAAUAGGUAACCGGUUUAACCUUAAUUCGAGUGUGGCCUUCUUUAGCAUAUACUCUUUCCUAAGUGUUAAGACUAUUCAUUUUGAAUGUAUGUAAAAGAAGAAUGUAUGUAAAAGAAUCUGCAGAACCUGUUUCUGACUAAUACUUUCUUUCUGUCUGAAACAGGACUAUGUUUGUUCUGUCUCUACAUGGCUUGUCAGAACUCUCAUUCUACUGGAAACUCUGUACUGAAUCGAACUAACAGAGAGACUUCAGAAUGAGAAUAAUCAGCUACAGAGUUCUUAACAUUUGACUCUCAUAAUCACAAUCUGUCUAAAAUUGUUUUCUCCUUUGACUCACUCUCCUAGCAUAUAUAUAAUUGAUAAAAAAUCAUAAAAAUCUUGAAAUAUUGGGUCAUUAAUUAACAAAUUAAAACAAAGUAUUAAAUCAUCUCAUUAAAAAUUUAAAAUCACACAUGAACAGUGAAACGAUAAAUGCUAAAUCUCCUUAUCUAUAUAUAUAUAUAUAUAUAAUUGUUGGUAUUUUUCCUGUGUAUCCACGUGGAAACUCCUUCUCUACAGAGACGACACGCGUCUUCAAUAUAUAGUAAAAAUAAAAAUUACUAUCCAAUAAUUUUAACAAUAUAUAAUAUAAAAGACUAUGUAAUAGUAAUUGUUAUUUUCCAAAAUCUUAAAAAGAAUCGUAAAAAGAUACUUAUUGUAAUAAUAACUUUUAUUUUCUAAAUUUGUUUUAAAUCUUAAGAAAAUAGAUCAUAUUUUUGACACAUGUCGCAAUUUUAAAAAAAUUAUUGACACAUGUCGCGAUCAUGUUAAUUAACAAUUUUGAAGAACCAAGAUUUAUAUAAUAAGAUGCGUACAAUAGGCAUUGUAAUUCUUUUAUGUAUUAUAGAAAUGAGAUAUCUUAUUUUAUAUUUUUUUUAUUCAACAAACUUAAAGCAAAAUCGAUUUCUUUUAUUUAAUAUUUGUAGUUAUUGUAAGAACAAAGUAAAGCAGAAAACUAGGUACGUGUUUUCCAAGGUAAAACAAACCCUGCUGGAUCUUCAUAGCUUUCUGUAAACCAAAUUCCAUCAUCUUUGGCAAUCCAUGAACGAAACUGACCACAUCGCUGAAAAUUUGCAUGAUAUACUUGAAGAUCAUAAUAAAACUUAUUAUUCUCUCCAUGACUAAUAGUGCAAUCCCAUCGUGUUUCUUUUGGCCAUCUAUAGUCGCUGAAAGAAAUGAUAAACGGACUUGCAUCGAAACUUAACAGAUUAGAUGAAAAUUUCCCCUUGUUAUCACUACAUUCGAUCAACAAAUUGCCACGAGAAGAAUAUAGUUGAUUAGAAAUCAUUACAAUGUUUUUCUUGCAAGCUUCAUUCAACCCAAAGAACAUAGCACUAAUAAACAUAAAAGCUAUCAAACGAUUCAUGUUGUGGAUCUAAGAUUAUUUUUUGUAAUGAUAAAGAUGUCAAACAUGUUUGAGUAUUUAUAACCUUUGAAUGGAAAACAUUCUUUCUUUUUAACCUUUUUUAUAAAAACAAAUUAACAAUGCAUGUAUUUCUGGAUUUGGCUAAAUCUUGAAUACAAAAUCAAUACUAUUAAAACAUGAGAUUGAGUUUCUAUUAUAAAUAUAGUUGACCAUGACAAUCAAUCUGGACAAGUACAGUUUGUGUUACUAAGAAUGAUAGUAUCAGACUGCAACUCGAAUGCAAAUUUCUUGAAUGCUUAAUUCAUGUGCAAUCCAAAAAAAUUUCACCAGUUACAAUUAAAAAAUAGAAUGUGUAUUCUAUUUCAUUCAAUAACAUUUCAUACUAUUUUAUAAAAAAAUUAAGUAUCAUUUGAAAAAUCAUUCCAAAUCAAAAACGUUUUGGAAUAAGUGGAAUGUUGAUUCCAUUCCAUUAAAUUUCAGAAAUAAUAAUUUAUAUCAUUCCACAUAUUCAUUUUAGUUGUCACCAGUUACAGUCUCAGUAUACAUGAAUGAUAAUGCUUACAAAAUAGCUACCUAAACGGAAGAUUUCUUGGCAGAACAUAAGUAUAUAUAUUUGAUUGUAGUGGUCAACCAUAAUCCAGAGCUUUAUGGUAAUGUUUAUUUAUUUGGUCUGACUGUAAAACCACACUUUUAGAAACUAAACUCAAAACUAAAACUAAAUCUUUGACUUAAGUUUUAUUGAUCCCAUCCUAUCACUUUUUAUCAGAAGUGGAUACAGAGCGGAUAUCCGGAUUUAUAGAGGUAUUUGUGAUCCGAUUCGUUUCAUUCGAAUAAUUAAAAAGUAAAUUAAAUUAAAAAAAAGAAAAUUAAAUAAAAAUCUAAAAUAAUGUUCAAUAAUAAUAUUUGAUUACAAAAUAAAAAAUAUUUACUUUUAAAAAUUAUAAUAACUACUAUAAUAACUAAUAAAUAAAAAUAUUGUAAAACUUAUAUAAAAUAUAAUAUUUAUAUAAGUCAUUUUUUUUCCCACAUUAGUUACUACCGAAGGUGUGUUCUUCUAAAUCCAAGUCAUAUGUAAAGCACCUGAUGCUCUUUGCAACUCAUACCUUUUUUGAUAUUUUUCGAGUUUAAUAUCUGAUAUGUGGACAUAUCGGAUCACACGAUAUUAAUUUUAUUUUUAAGGAAAAAACUCAUUUUUUUGUCAAAUACAUUGAAUGUUUUUGAUCAAAAACAUAACCGAUGAAUUUUUAAAAGGGAUAAUUAUUUUUUUACUUUAAUAUCAAGACUGUUUUUCUAAACAUUCCUUUUUAUGAAAUCACAUUAUAUAUAUAAAAAUAUAUUUUCAUUAAAUAUUAUUAAUAUUUUAUUUUAUCAUAUAUGUUAUUUGAAAGAUAUAAAAAGGAACUUAAAUAAAAAAGAAAGAUUAAAUUAAUUUUUAUUCAUUAAAAAUAUCUUAAUUUAUGUUAUUUUAAUUAUUUUGUAAUAAUUUGGGAAAUAGAUUGAUUUAAAUAAAAUUCUCAAUAAUUUUAAAAUAUAUAUUAUGUUGUUUAAGAUUAUCUUUUAAAAGGGAAGACUAUUUAUUUACUUUAAAAUUAAGAUUAUUUUGUGAACUUCCCUUAUUAUGAAUCUAUAUUAUUAUUAAAGUGUAAUAUCUGUUAUUAUUAGUUUAAUAUCUGAUAUGUUGGCAUGUUGCCAUAUCGGAUCAAGCUAUAUAAAUUUUAUUUUUAUAAAAAAAUAACUCUUCAUGACCUAAAAAAAGAAAAUAAAAAAGAACUCAUUAAUAUAGUUUGCUAUCCGGACUUUCAUGAGUCGUUCUCGUGUUGCUCAUCCCGCCCGUUGUAAGCCCAAGUUUUAUCAAACGGUUCAAUAGGUAACCGGUUUAACCUUAAUUCGAGUGUGGCCUUCUUUAGCAUAUACUCUUUCCUAAGUGUUAAGACUAUUCAUUUUGAAUGUAUGUAAAAGAAUAAUGUAUGUAAAAGAAUCUGCAGAACCUGUUUCUGACUAAUACUUUCUUUCUGUCUGAAACAGGACUAUGUUUGUUCUGUCUCUACAUGGCUUGUCAGAACUCUCAUUCUACUGGAAACUCUGUACUGAAUCGAACAAACAGAGAGACUUCAGAAUGAGAAGAAUCAGCUACAGAGUUCUUAACAUUUGACUCUCAUAAUCACAAUCUGUCUAAAAUUGUUUUCUCCUUUGACUCACUCUCCUAGCAUAUAUAUAAUUGAUAAAAAAUCAUAAAAAUCUUGAAAUAUUGGGUCAUUAAUUAACAAAUUAAAACAAAGUAUUAAAUCAUCUCAUUAAAAAUUUAAAAUCACACAUGAACAGUGAAACGAUAAAUGCUAAAUCUCCUUAUCUAUAUAUAUAUAUAUAUAAUUGUUGGUAUUUUUUCUGUGUAUCCACGUGGAAACUCCUUCUCUACAGAGACGACACGCGUCUUCAAUAUAUAGUAAAAAUAAAAAUUACUAUCCAAUAAUUUUAACAAUAUAUAAUAUAAAAGACUAUGUAAUAGUAAUUGUUAUUUUCCAAAAUCUUAAAAAGAAUCGUAAAAAGAUACUUAUUGUAAUAAUAACUUUUAUUUUCUAAAUUUGUUUUAAAUCUUAAGAAAAUAGAUCAUAUUUUUGACACAUGUCGCAAUUUUAAAAAAUUUAUUCACAUGUCGCGAUCAUAUUAAUUAACAACUUUGAAGAACCAAGAUUUAUAUAAUAAGAUGCGUACAAUAGGCAUUGUAAUUCUUUUAUGUAUUAUAGAAAUGAGAUAUCUUAUUUUAUAUUUUUUUAUUCAACAAACUUAAAGUAAAAUCGAUUUCUUUUAUUUAAUGUUUGUAGUUAUUGUAAGAACAAAGUAAAGCAGAAAACUAGGUACGUGUUUUCCAAGGUAAAACAAACCCUGCUGGAUCUUCAUAGCUUUCUGUAAACCAAAUUCCAUCAUCUUUGGCAAUCCAUGAACGAAACUGACCACAUCGCUGAAAAUUUGCAUGAUAUACUUGAAGAUCAUAAUAAAACUUAUUAUUCUCUCCAUGACUAAUAGUGCAAUCCCAUCGUGUUUCUUUUGGCCAUCUAUAGUCGCUGAAAGAAAUGAUAAACGGACUUGCAUCGAAACUUAACAGAUUAGAUGAAAAUUUUCCCUUGUUAUCACUACAUUCGAUCAACAAAUUGCCACGAGAAGAAUAUAGUUGAUUAGAAAUCAUUACAAUGUUUUUCUUGCAAGCUUCAUUCAACCCAAAGAACAUAGCACUAAUAAACAUAAAAGCUAUCAAACGAUUCAUGUUGUGGAUCUAAGAUUAUUUUUUGUAAUGAUAAAGAUGUCAAACAUGUUUGAGUAUUUAUAACCUUUGAAUGGAAAACAUUCUUUCUUUUUAACCUUUUUUAUAAAAACAAAUUAACAAUGCAUGUAUUUCUGGAUUUGGCUAAAUCUUGAAUACAAAAUCAAUACUAUUAAACACAUGAGAUUUAGUUUCUAUUAUAAAUAUAGUUGACCAUGACAAUCAAUCCGGACAAGUACAGUUUGUGUUACUAAGAAUGAUAGUAUCAGACUGCAACUCGAAUGCAAAUUUCUUGAAUGCUUAAUUCAUGUGCAUUCCAAAAAAAUUUCACCAGUUACAAUUAAAAAAUGGUAUGUGUAUUCCAUUUCAUUCAAUUAGCCGUCGAACCAAAUGUGAACCGAAGUCAGACCGGCAAACCAAAACUCGUCGCUGUUUCAUUGUUUUAUAUGAAAGAAAACUAACGAACGAUGUCGGAACCAAUAAGAUUCAGAGAUGGGGGAAAUGGGAAAGGCGAUAGGAUUACUGAUAAGCGGGACGCUUGUGUAUCACCAUUGCGCUAAUCGAAACGCAACUCUUCUCUCCCUCUUCUCCGAUGUCCUCAUCGUUCUCUUGUCCUCCCUCGCCAUUCUCGGUCUUCUCUUUCGUCAACUCAAUGUCUCGGUACCUGUGGAUCCAUUAGAGUGGCAAAUAUCACAAGACACAGCCAGUAACAUCUUUGCACGAUUAGCUAAUACUGUUGGUGCUGCUGAAUCCGUUUUGCGUGUUGCAGCAACAGGACAUGACAAGAGACUUUUUCUUAAGGUCGUGAUCUCUCUAUAUUUCCUGGCAGCUCUGGGACGAAUCAUAUCGGGUAUGACCAUUGCUUAUGCGGGACUAUGUUUGUUCUGUCUCUACAUGGCUUGUCAGAACUCUCAAUCUACCGGAAACUCUGUACUGAAUCGAACUAACAGAGAGACUUCAGAAUGAGAAGAAUCAGCUACAGAGUUCUUAACAUUUGACUCUCACAAUCACAAUCUGUCUAAAAUUGUUUUCUCCUUUAACUCACUCUCCUAGCAUAUAUAUAAUUGAUAAAAAAUCAUAAAAAUCUUGAAAUA